ACUAAGUAGUGUCUUUAAUCAUCUCGAUGGUAAAAGUGUCAAAUUUCUCAAACCCCUGCACAGAAGAGUGCUGUGAUUCUUCAAGGCGGUUUACUCAUCUGUCAAAUAACGGAGGUGGUUCCCCGAGCUCAUCACCAUUCAGAUUCCAGCCCAGGUUGCACGUCCUUAGGCGUAGGCAGCCAAUUGGGCCCUCCGCCCGUCGUGCAUGCUGGGAGUUGUAGUUUCGGGUUCUUUUUUGCCGACUACCAGCUCCGUAGGAGCCGCUGAAGGACGGUUGCUGGUAUCAUUAGUAAGCGGCAAGUAUGGCGGUGGCGCGGGUUGACGGGGCUUUGCCUCCCGGAGAAGGGUCAGUGGUCAAUUGGUCAGGGCAGGGGCUACAGAAAUUGGGUCCAAACCUGCCCUGUGAAACUGACAUUCACACUUUGAUUUUGGAUAAAAAUCAGAUUAUUAAAUUGGAAAAUCUGGAGAAGUGCAGACGGUUAAUACAGUUGUCAGUGGCUAAUAAUCGGCUGGUGCGGAUGAUGGGUGUAGCCAAACUAACCCAACUUCGAGUAUUAAAUUUGCCUCAUAAUAGCAUUGGCUAUGUGGAAGGGCUAAAGGAGCUAGUACAUUUGGAAUGGCUGAAUUUGGCAGGAAAUAAUCUCAAGGCCAUGGAACAAAUCAAUAGCUGCACAGCUCUACAGCACCUUGAUUUAUCAGACAAUAGCAUACCCCAGAUUGGUGACCUAUCUAAGUUGGUAUUCCUGAAGACUCUGCUUUUACAUGGAAACAUCAUCACUUCUCUUAGAAUGGCCCCUGCUUAUCUACCCAGAAGUCUGGCUAUACUUUCUUUGGCAGAAAAUGAAAUCCGGGACUUAAAUGAGAUCUCUUUUUUGGCAUCCUUAACUGAGUUGGAACAAUUGUCGAUCAUGAACAAUCCUUGUGUGAUGGCAACACCUUCCAUUCCAGGGUUCGACUAUCGGCCAUACAUCGUCAGUUGGUGCUUAAACCUCAGAGUCCUAGAUGGAUACGUGAUUUCUCAGAAGGAAAGUUUGAAAGCUGAAUGGCUCUAUAGUCAAGGCAAGGGGAGAGCAUAUCGGCCUGGCCAGCACAUCCAGCUUGUCCAGUACCUGGCUACAGUCUGUCCUCUCACUUCUGCACUGGGUCUUCAGACUGCAGAAGACGCCAAACUGGAGAAGAUUCUGAGCAAACAGAAGUUUCACCAGAGGCAAUUGAUGAACCAAAGCCAAAAUGAAGAAUUAUCUCUUCUUGCUCCUGUUGAAACAAGGGCACCCAUUGUACCUGAGCACUCAAGCCCUGUUCAAGAUGGCCAGAUAGUCCAGGAAAGUGAACUUGUCACCCAAGUCAAUUCUUGGGUUGGGGCAAGCAGUAAUGAUGAUCAAUUGCAUGCUGUUACGAAUAACUUUCCAGCCUCUGGACACACCACAAGAUAUUCACGAAGUGACCUGCACCUGGAAGACAUACAAACCGAUGAGGACAAGUUAAACUGUAGCCUUCUCUCGUCAGAGUCUACUUUCAUGCCAGUUGCAUCAGGACUUUCUCCAGUGUCACCUACAGUUGAGCUGAGGCUACAGGGCAUUAACUUGGGUGUAGAAGACGGUAGUGUUGCAGAUGAAUCUGUGAAAGGGCUGAAAAGCCAGGACUUGUGUAAGGAAGAGGGAAAGACUCCAUGGACUGUAAAUGAGGAUUCUGUUCAGAUGAUGACGGGUGAGAUCAGUGCAGAGGUAAAUGAGAACACUGGGCUCUUACCUUGUCCUGAGCCAACAGUAACCAGUGCUGUCCUGAAGGAUAAAAGCCAUGGCCUUAAAUCUUUUCCCGAGUCCACUGGACACAGUCUCUCCCAUACACAGCCAAGCAGUGAAGAAAGCAUGUCCCAAACAACUUCAGAGAAGCUUCAUUUCAGAAUUUUAACCCAGAAAUCUGCUGCUUUGGAACAAGAUAAAGUUUCUCUUCAAAAACUGAAUGAAGCGGCCACUAAGCUUCAGGCUUGUUGGCGGGGCUUUUAUGCCAGAAAUUACAACCCUCAGGCCAAAGAUGUGCGAUAUGAAAUCCGGCUACGCAGAAUGCAGGAGCACAUUGUCUGCUUAACUGAGGAGAUAAGAAGGUUAAGAAAAGAAAGAGAUGAAGAACGUAUUAAAAAAUUUGUGCAAGAAGAAGCUGUCAGAUUCCUUUGGAACCAGGUAAGGUCUCUGCAGACUUGGCAACAGACAGUGGACCAGCAUCUAAGUUCCUGUCACACUGGUGCUCCUCCUAUAAUAAGCCCUCUGGUGCCAUCCAAACCUCCACUAUUCACCCAAAGUCAGGAACCCUCAUCUGAUCAAAAUUCUGACUGGUUUGUUGCUUCUGAUGAAGCUCCUCAAGAGAAAUCCUUACCAGAAUUUCCAGACUCUGGUUUUCAUUCCUCGCUGACAGAACAAGUUCACUGUUUGCAGGAUUCUUUGGAUUUCGAAAAAAGUUCAACAGAAGGCAGUGAGAGCUCCAUAAUGGGGAAUUCCAUUGACACGGUCAAAUAUGGCAAAGAGUCAGAUUUAGGGGGUGUUAGUGAAGACCAUGGUGAAUGGGGGAAGGGAAGCUCAAGCAAUGAGCAGGAUAGCAGUCUGCUUGAACAGUAUUUAACUUCAGUUCAGCAGCUAGAGGAUGCUGAAGAAAGGACAAGUUCCAAUGAAGGGGCAGGAGACAGUAAGUGUCACGUAGAUCGUUCCUCAGAAAAAUUAGAUGUUUGGUCUGACGGUGCUUCUGGAGAUGAGACUCAUGACACAUCUCCUACUCUGCAAGAUGAAAUCAGCCAGACCUCAGAGAAUUGUAAAUUAAACACAGAAGUGCAAGAGCAGCAGCCAGAAUGUGAUCCCUCAUUUCAGGCCGGCUUUGAGCUCGUGAUCCUUCUGCCUCAGCCUCCAAGUCGCUGAGACUACAGGUGCAUGCUACUGUAUCCAGCCUUCAGGUUUGACCAGGAAUCAAACUCAGGCCUCGCUUGUGGUCCCAGUUUACAGAGCAGUGUCUUAGCAACACAUGCUACCAUAGCUGGGCCUGUAUUGUGUGUUCUAAAAUUUAAAUAUAUGAUACCCUCAUUCGUGAAGUAAAAUAGAAGGGAUCUGAAAGGAACAGUCUAGACAUUUUUAAUAAUAUUCCUCUCAUUGAGGAAGACUGUUAAUGCCAUAUUAAAAUGAAAUGUUAAGUAAACAAAUCAGUUCUCGCAGCCUUGGUGAGAAGUAGAUUUUUUUUUUUAAUGAGGUGCUUUUUAUCAGAAUGAAUAGAAAUCAUACUAAAUUUCAAUUCCUUUAUUUUAGGGGAUAGCUGGAAUUACUUUGUAGUGGCUUUAUUCAUUUUGUGAUUAAAUUUGAGUGCUUUAUAAUAGUUUAAAUGUUGACAGAGUUUAAAAAUAAUUUGAUUUUGGACUUUUUUAGAUUUCUUUUUAAUUUUGUUGUAAAAAGAGUAGAUUAUUUAACAUUGUUAUGGUCUGUUUUCUGAAGGCUUAAUAUUUUAUAUUGUACUUAUUUAAUUUGCAUUUCAGUUUCUCUA